AUGGUCAUUUGUAGGUUGAAUUCAGUGGGUGCAAACAUUUCCAUUCCUACUACUACUACUACAACUACUACUACUACUACUACUACUACUACUACUACUACUACUACUACUACUACUACUACUACUACUACUACUACUACUACUACUACUACUACUACUACUACUACUACUACUACUACUACUACUACUACUACUACUACUACUACUACUACUACUACUACUACUACUACUACUACUACCACUACUACUACUACUACUACUACUACUACUAGAGGUGUUGGGGGUAUAGCUCAGUGGUAG